AUGAUACUGUCAGGCAGAAAUAAAAGUGGGACCACGUUCACUCUCCUGGGCUUCUCAGAUUACCCGGAAUUUAAGGACCCCCUCUUGAUUUUUCUGGCCAUCUACACUGUCACCAUUGUGGGAAAUAUUGGAAUGAUUGUUAUCAUCAAAAUUUAUCCCAAACUGCAUACCCCCAUGUACUUUUUCCUCAGCUACCUCUCGUUUGUGGAUUUCUGCUACUCCUCCAUUGUUACUCCCAAGACCCUGGUGAACCUAGUUGUCGAAGACAGAACCAUUUCUUUUCUCAAAUGCGUAGUACAAUUCUUUUUCUUUUGUACCUUUGUGGUAACUGAAUCCUUUUUAUUGGCAGUAACGGCCUAUGACCGCUUCGUGGCCAUUUGCAAUCCUCUGCAGCACACAGUUGCCAUGUCCCAGACACUCUGUACCCUGCUUGUGGUCGGUCCAUGUGCAUGGGGAGCAACGUGUUCCUUGAUACUCACAUGCUCUGCUACUAAGCUAUCAUGUUAGGGUUUCAACACCAUCAACCACUUCUGUGAGUUCUCCUCAUUGCUCUCCCUUUCUUGCUCUGAUACUUAUGUCAACCAGUUGCUGCUUUAUUUUGCCACCUUUAAUGCAGUCAGCAUGCUCCUCAUUAUUCUCACAUCCUACGUAUUUAUUCUUGUCACCAUCCUCAAGAUGCAUUCAGCUAGUGGUCGCCGCAAAGCCUUCUCUAUCUGUGUCUCAGACCUGACAGCCAUCACCAUCUUCCAUGGCACCAUCCUCUUCCUCUACUGUGUGCCCAACUCCCAAAACUCCAGGCACACAGUCAAAGGGGUGUCAGUGUUUUACACAGUGGUCAUCCCCAUGUUUGACCCCCUGAUCUACAGUCUGAGAAAUAAAGAGGUCAAUGAUACAGUCAGCAAGCUAAUGGACACUAAAGUCUUUUCUUGUUGA